UUAAUACAUGAACAACUUAUUUAAAUAGUUUCAAUCAACGACAUAACUUAAGUACAUAGGUUCAAGUGUAGCUGUACAAAAGACUGGAAAGACCGAUCGAUCGAUCGAUCGAUUCCGAUCCAAGCGUGAGACACUGAGACUCAUCAACACAAACAAACUAGUAUAACCGAAACAACAUCAUUGACUCGGUUGCUCCGCCGCUCCGAGAAAACAAUGACUCUACUCCGAUCAAUUUUAACGGUGACCUUACUCCUCACUUUCUUCUUCACUCUCUCACCAGCUUUCCAAUCCGACGAGCUUCUCCUCGACGAUGAAGAAUUCGGCCUCGAAGGCGGUCGCCCUCAAACCCGUCCAUCGUCACCUAACACCGCCGCCACCACCACCACCACCACCACUCGUAAGAGGAUUCCUGAUUCCGCUUCCGAUUCAAAGAUCCAGUUCACACUCGAACACGCUUUCGGUGAUUCCGAUUUCUCUGAAGCUGGUAACUUCUCUGCUCGUCUCAAAACUUGGAGUCACGGCGCUCAGACACUGACGAAGCUGCGGUUUUCACGAGAUGCUUUCACUGAAGACGAGAAGAAUAAAUUUCAAGAGUUGUUGAAAAGAGAUGAUUUCUAUAGGAUUAGACUGCCAUCCAACGUUUUGAGCCCUCCCGGCAGGGAUUAUAUUGUUUCGUCAGUGAAAGCUAGAUGUCUUCCAGGGGACGGUUUGGAGGAACACUUUGUAAUACAUACGGAAGGUGUUAACAUCUUGGCUGUCAAUUAUGGUGCUCCUGGGGCUUGCCCUUUCCCCCGGCAACUGAAGCUUCCUGCAAAGUGGUCUUUCAAGUCACACACACUUUUGAAGAACACUGAACAAGCACCAAGGACGCCAAUAUUUACGGAAGAGCUGAUUGGCGGAGAGGGGAUAGAAGGUGAACUUGUACAGCCAAUAGAAAGAUCCUUUUGGGCCAAAUACUGGAUGUACAUGAUCCCUCUUGGACUCAUUGUAAUGAAUGCCGUCACCCAAGCAGCGAAUAUGCCUGAGGAACAGGCUGGUGGUCAAGCUGGGGCACCGCCGCAGCAAGGAACUGCAGUACAGAGGGGAACAAAUUCUGGUGUGCGUAGACGAUGAUAAUUUGGUGUCGUUUACCUAAGAAACCAUUAUUUAUGGACAUUGACGAUGAAUGCAAUUUAGUUUGACCUUAUGUAACAUUUCAAAAUAAUUUAGUUACGUGUAUAAGCUCUUUAUUUUUUUUUGUUGUGAACUUUGAAGGGAGUUAAAUUUUCCAAGUAGAUUGAGUAAAUUAAUGUCAUUUAAGUUUUAACACGAAAAUCCAGUUUGGUUUCAUCUGGUUUUGGUGAUGAUUCUGAGGCUGUGUUAGAUGUGAAGAAAUAUUCAAUAGUUUUGAAUUGUAUGACAUUUUUUAGAUUGGGUUUAUUUAAUGAUAGUUUUAAAUGUGAUA